AUGGAAGAUGACGGGGCACUCUUCGUGAACAACGACGACGACGACUUGUCCGACCAAGACGCCACCUACAUCGACAGCGAUGAGGAUGGAUCUGGCGACAGCCUCAUCUCCCAGUCCCCGGAGACGCAGGCCUUGAAGCGCAGCGCAAGAAAUCUACACGCCGCGGGCAGCCCGCCUCCUUACCGUCCCAACCGGUUCCCCGGCGCGGAGUCUACGUGGCGAACGCUGACUGCCAGAGACAGACAAAACGCUCGAGCUCUGGACGAUAUCCGGGCCAGGGACCUGGCGGCCCAUCUGUACAAUGCCUACGCGCUCCGGAUCCGGGCGAUCGAGAUGGCAAAGCGAGCGACGAAGAUGAAGUCGAAAACGUCGUCUGAAACAGACGGGUUUCUCCCUCCACGCCGCUGGACCGCAUGGCCUCUUCCCUCCGAUGAAGUGCCCCGACCAGGCGAGGAACGUCUCAGGGGCCGUCGCGACGACCUUUGGGCUUUCAAGAUGCAGCCGGAUCCUCGACCAAGUGCGGAACUAGAGGAAUCCGUCAUGGCGGUCAUGCUCAAAACCGCGAAAGAGAGGUUCAUGGCCCGAGACUGGGAGCCCAGAGUCAGGAACUAUGCCUCGCAUCAGCGCAAAACCUCAGCAUCCCAACCCGAGACCCAAGACGAAAGCACGGCGGGGGAAAGCGAGCGAGAACUCGCCAACGACACCCCAUUACGCCCCGUCGUCCAAGCCGACGACGAGAAAUCCUAUCGCCAGCUCCGCCCAUUAACCCGCAAUGUCCUCAACCAGCUCGACGACCUUCUUAUGGGCCUUCACCGUGCCCGCAAGGGCGGCGCCAUGGCAGAUGACAGCGACGCAGACGAGUGGCUAAGUGACUCCACCGGGAGCACCGGCUCAGGCUCAUCGCCCAAGAAGAGGAAGGUCGACCGCAGACGAGAAAGAAGCCAAUCGCGAGGACGAAAGCGCACGCGACUUGCCUCCGUGUUGCUGGGAAGCAGCUCAAGCGGCACCCGCUCCCCCAGCGCACAUACCACGAGCGAUGCCCCCUCGAGAAGUGAACGGUCCGACUCCUCCUCCCGCUCGCGAAGCGCCUCAGUCAACAGCGACGAACGUCGAUCCGACAGUCGACUCCGUCUUGGAAUCCGCGACUGGAGCGAGGUGCUAGGCGUCGCUGCGAUGACAGGCUGGCCACCCGCCGUGGUAAUGCGGACCGCGCAACGAUGCGCCAAUCUCUUCGGCGAGGACAUGGCCUUCCAUAUCCUCAAAGAAGGCAACCUCCAACAGACGCACGACGAUGAUACCAAAAUCUGGAAAUACGCCGAAAGCGAAUCCGAGCCUGAUGCAGCACCUGCCCCCGAACCUAACUCCGAACAUGAUCAUGAACAUGAAGAUGAAUCCGAAUCCGCGUCCGAAUCCAAGCCAGUCCAGCCUCAGCCUCAGCCUGAGUCCAAACCCUCACCUCCACCUCAACCUGAACUACCACCACCACCACCACCACCCCCCUCCUCCCGUUCCCGGCCCUCAAGCCAAAAGCCACGCUCCCGCCCCACCUCCAGCAAACGAGGCUCGACCUCGCGGGCGAACAGCACCGCACCAGAAGACGGCGAGGAUCCGUCCCAACCCAAAGGCAAAGGCGAGCAUCGAAAGAACGACAUCGUGUGUCCGAUCCAGACAUGCUCGCGUCACGGAAAGGGCUUCUCACGCACGUGGAAUCUUAAUCUGCAUAUGAAGCGCAUGCAUCCGAAUUAUCGGGCCAAGAGCGCGGAGAGGAGGUCGGAGACGGGGACGCCGCCUCCACCUCUGCCUCUGCCUUCGCAUCAGCCUCCGCAUCGGCAUCAUCAGGUUAUUGUUAUUGAUGAUGAUGAUGAUGAUGAUGAUGAUGAUUAGGAAUCAAUGAAUGAAUGGGUGGGUUCAUUGGUUGCUUGCUUGUUUGUAGACUUGAGUUGAUAUGGGGCUGGUUGUGGUUUGCUAUCUGAAGUGUUUGGAUGUGGAGGGAUGAUAGUGAUGGUGGGUGUGGGGAUGCUAUAGUAAGUUCUCUAUGUGAUAC